UGUUCGGCGCUGUCAGCUGCGGCGUUUUGCACGUGACGGGCGGUGACGUGCUGUCUCUCCGCUUGCGAAGCCGAGAGUGGGAGAGUUACGGAGUGCAUCAUGAGUGUCACGUCGCGAGAGAGCGUCACGGUCCUGGGAGUUGUCUUGUGUGCCGCCUUAGUCACAGCAGAGGCGUCUAAGCUGCCCCGCUUUGUGACGUACGGAAACGAUGAGGAGGUUAGCAAGUGUGAGGACGUGCUGUCCUACCUGUGUGGAGAGACCAAAGACGACAGAUGCGUCUCACCGAAAGACUUCUGCGAUGGUGUGACGACGUGCAGCUCCGGCUGGGAUGAGCAGAAGUGUGAUAAGACACUGCCAGCAUACUCAAAAACUGAGAAGAAGUUGAAAGCAUCGCGUCUCUACUGGAUCUCGAUGAGUUUGGCUGGGUGCGCCAAACUCUGCAACAACACCCCAGACUGCGAGGGUUUCAGCCAUCACAGCACCUACAAGAGGUGCCAAAUCCACACCAAAGAGGGCGAGGAAGCCAACCUUAAUGACAAGUGGACCACGUACGAACGGACGUCGCCUGCAGGAGGCGUCGCCAGGCGGGUCAUAUGA